UAGCUACUCGUCUUCGUUGUGGUGAAGCUGUGUCUGUGGAAUGUGUGAACAUAUGCAAUCUAACGAAAGGAGACGGGAAUGUAAGAAGUGAUUGCAGUGUUCUCUCCUGUGCUUGGAAAGCUCCUAGAGCCUUAACUGGGUUUCUAGCUAGCACUGCUCAUCCGCCUGUGUGUUCUUUGUAUCUAUGUGGCCGAAUUGGAAGAAAGAGUAGAGUAAAAUCUAAGCAUGCUCGUUCUGAAAAACUAAUGAAGGAAUAAAAGUUUAGAACCAAUGAUGAUGAUGAAGUUGAUGAUCCAGAGAAGCCAUCUCAGGGAGAAGCAGAUAAAAGGGAACAGAAGAUCACAAAGAAAGGAUAAGAGAUCACAAAAACAAGGAAUGCUCAGAACCCAAGUGGAUAACCCAGACACUCCAUCUCAGGAGAAGCAGAUAAAGGAAAACAGAAAAUCACGAAGACAGGGUAUGAGAUCACAAAAACAGAAAAAGAUGGAGGUAAAGCAGACGCGACGCCAGAAUCUAGAAAGAAAAUGCGUCAAACUAAGGAUUGAGACUAUUGUGUAUCUCUCCUUUCAAUAUGAAAGAUUCAUUUUCAUAUUUUCUUGAGGAAAAAUAGUAGGAGAGUGGGUUGGAUAUGCGUCAGUUUUUUACUUAUCUACAAAAUAUUUUGCUUGUAACUGAUAUAUGGUUUUGAUUAAUUCAGAUUUGAGUUAUAUACAAUUUUUGUGUGUUUCUUUUUUUUUAUGCAAUUUGGAUCUUGUCUAGACUUGAUGUUAUUACGUUCUUUUGAACCUCUUACUCUUUUAUCUCCUGAUUCCAAUUAACUUUUGACUGAAACCUUCCAAUGCAUAACCAAUUA